AUGAAGGAGCCGUUGAAAUUCUUUCGACCAUGGGAGGAUAAUAUCGACAUUUCUGAUCAAGUAAUUCCGACAACGAUUUGGCAAACAUCGCCGUCUAAAAGUGGAAAAAAGCCUUCUGACAGUUCUGUUCACAUAUGUGACGUACCAAACUGUGGAAAAACGUACAGAAAAACCAGCCAUCUGAAAGCUCAUCUACGAUCCCAUAUUGGCUCUCGACCCUUCGUAUGCCAAUGGUUGCAGUGUGAAAAGAAAUUUUCGCGUUCGGAUCAACUGCAGCGUCACUUGCGUGCUCAUACGGGCGAACGACGGCAUUCGUGCUCGUUGUGUGGACGUUGUUUCUCGCGAUCUGAUCAUCUGAAGCAGCACCGACUAAGUCAACAUGAUGCUGACGGUUGA